UUCACGAAUCGUAAGCAGUAUGGACAAUAAUAUUCUUAAUAAUGGAAAAAGAAAUGAACAAUUAUCAAGCAACCAGAGUUUUCGGGCUGAUAAAUCAAAUAAGAAAAUACCACCUGUCGAAGAAAAAAAUUGGAUACUGCACAGAUAUUAUACGCGACAUGAGUACGAGAUUUGCAAAAUUAUAAUUGAACAAGAAUUAGAAAAAUUUGCUGGUCUUACUGAGUUUCCUCAUUAUUUAAAGGGUUUAAUUUUAAGAAAAGAAGGUAGAGUGCAAGAUUCGUUUAAUUGUUUUCAAAAUAGCUACGAAGUGAAUCCUAGAAAUGUUAAUAAUUUUACGCAAAUUGCGAAAUCCUUAUUUCUUUUGGGUGAUUACAAACGAGCCAUCGAAAUAUUUCUACAGGCGAAAAAAAUGAGUGAUCCAUCAGAAUGGGAAAUUAAUUAUUUUUUAGGUGAAUGCUAUACAAGAACGAAUCAGCUAGAAGACGCGGAAACUCACUUAAUACACGCAACCAAAUUGACGAAAAAUGAGAACCCGUAUAUUGCACUUGUUAAACUAUAUGUCAUAAAAGAUCGAAUUAUUGAUGCAAUAGAUAUUUAUACAAAUGCUUUAGUUUCGAUACCUGAAAGUGAAGAAAUAGCUACAGAAUUAGGACAAUUAUACCUUGACGUAGGUGAUAUUAAGCGAGCUUUUCAGCAAUUUGGUACAGUGUUAGCUCAAUCACCAAAUUACACUAAAGCCAUGAUUCCGAUGGCUUAUAUAAUGCAGUCUAACGGAGAAUACGACGUUGCCUUUUCCAAGUAUAAAAUAACCUCACAGUCAAUGCCGGAAUCGUGGACACUAUGGAACAAUAUUGGGAUGUGUCUUUAUGGAAAAAAAAAAUAUGUCUCCGCAAUUACGUGUUUGAAGAGGGCCCAUUAUUUGAAUCCAUUGGCAUUAGCGCCAGCUUGCAAUCUCGGCUUAGUCUUCUUGACAACUGGACAGGUGGUUUCUGCUACAAUAUAUCUAUGCGGUGCAGUGGCCUCGGGGCGAACCAGUUCCAUGGCUUAUCUGCUGUUGGGAUUGGCACUUAAACGUCUGGACGAUCUGGAUGGCGCUGAGAGUUCCCUGGAAAAAGCGCAUUCGCUUGCCCCACAAGACCCGUGGGUACUUAUCAACUACGCAGUGGUAUUAGAUGCUCAGAAGAAGUCGAAGCAAGCGCGUGAGCUCCUUGUUGUGCUUAAUGAUGUCAACACACUGAUUGAUCUCGAUCUCCAGAUAAUAAGAAUGACAAAACAAUUAACAGUUAAAUUACAAGCUGAUGAUAAAUUGUCGCGGCCUUUAUUUACUCAAGAAGAAAGAAGUUUUAAUGAAGAUGAAGUAUAAAUAAUGUAAUUUAAACAUUGUUAUGUUCAGGAAA